AAGGUGUGACAGAAGUCUUGUAGCUGUCGUUUAAAUUACAGCUCGAACUGAAAUUUGCGUCCAUUCGGUUUGAUUUUGUCCAGGUGAGGCAGAGAAAACGCAGCAAUGUCGGUGACGGUAUUCGUGAAGGGCUCUAACGACCAUUUUAAAGUUCACAAGGAGCUGGGAGAUUGUCCUUCCAGUCAGCGAAUUGUGAUGAUUUUGCGAUUGAAAGGUGUCCAGUUCCAUCAAGAAUUCGUUGAUCUGACGAAAAAAGACACAAAAAAGUGGGAAGAGUUUGUACGAAGAACCCAGGGAAGAUUGAAACCACCUGUUCUUAUCCAUGGAGAUGUGGAACCAAUUGAGGACGCCGACACGAUCGUGGGAUAUUUGGAGGAAACUUUUCGUGAGCCUGAUUUAAAGAGUUUGAAUGCGCAAGCCAACAUCGCCGGCUGCGAUUUGUAUUCAAAAUUCGCUUUGUUCAUGCGGAACAGCAUCCCGGACAACGAUGCUAAACUUCGCGCCGCGCUCGUAAAGGAACUUAAAAAGCUGAACGAGUUUUUAGACAAGGAGAGCCCAGGUGCAUACCUAGACGGAGAUAUGUUAAAGCUACCAGACUGCAAUUUAUUGCCUAAACUCAUGCACAUCAAGGAAGCUGGAGAGCUGAAGGAUUUUACGAUCCCAGAAGAAUUUGAAGCCAUUUCGACUUAUCUGAGAGAGGCUCAAAGACAGAGAGCAUUCAAGGAGACAUUUAUCGAACCGGUUAAGCACGACAUAAAACAGGGCUGGCGCAAGAAGAUGGGAAAUUCUAUGAGCAGUAAUUCUCGUAGAUAAACCUUACCGGAACUUUUUAAAUUAUAUUAACGUUGAACCCUGUGACAACACGCUGAAGGCGCGAAUGUUAUUACAAAAGAAAUCUCAAGCAGUGAUCUCUUGAAUAACGAAAAGAUGCGAGGUCGUUUGAAACCUAGAGUAAAUUGUUCGAAACUCGCUGUAAGCGAUACUGCUCUUAGUCACGCUUAAAGAGUUGUUCAAAUGGUAGACUAACAUUUGAAUAUUAAAAGGUUUCGCUCGUUUUUAAUUACUUUUUUUCGGACUAAUAAAAAUAUGAAUUAACCGCAUGCAUUUCUAAUUAUUUCUCGAAAAACCAGGCGUCUCGAAAUAACGAAAAUAAAAUCAUGCAAAUGAAA